AUGGCGUUGUCUUCUGACAGUUACAUCAAAAAGGAUGCCUUGUCAUCUCUUGAAGACUUGUGUGUCAGAUGCGUGUGCAAGAAUUUAAAUGUUUUAACGUAUUUAAGUAGUGAAAACUGUGAAGUUAAACGAAAAUGGAGAUUCCCUUAUCCAGGUUUUCGUCUGGUUGCCCGUCCUUCGCAAAAGAUCUUGCUACAACUUUGCAAACGAAACGCCCUAGAUGACGACCGGAUGAGUCUUUUUAAUGCUGACAGUGUCGACCUUAUGUCUCCAGUUAUAAAGGAAGCUAAUGUCAGCCCAUCAUCCUUAAAAGUACUCAAGGAAUUUCGUCUGUAUAGCCUUUCUGCCAUGAAUCUAACCAAAGUGAAUCUAAAUACCAUCAUAAGUUGUCUUGGCGAGUGGACUGUUCAGAACCUAAUGUGCCUCAAUAUAUCCGGGACUUCUAUUCUAUGUGAAACUCAUUUACCUAUACUAGUUGCGCUCGGAAGGUUCAAGAAUCUUAGCGUUCUUAAUGCAAGUAGGACUGAACUAAAUACCCAGUCUUUACAAAUUAUUGCUGAUGACCUUUUAAAUCUUCGUUAUCUAAACAUUUCCCGAACACGAGUAACAGAUAUUACUCCCCUACUAAAUAUACGCGAUCGUCUUAAUGGUUUGAUCAUGCAUCGCUUGCAAUUGGAAACGACGGAAGAUAUGGCAAAGUUGCUGUACACUGUAGUGGAACUCAACCAACUGCGCAUACUUGAUAUAUCUGACAAACCGCGAAAUGCUGUUGGCAGAUACGAUGCUGUCGAUAAAUUUUGCUCGCCAGAGGCCUUGCCAUUCUUAGAGCAUAUUGAUUUGUCAGGAAACCAAUUUGGGCUGAAACUUAGUGAUGCAAGAGCCUUUCUUGAGAGCCAUCCUAGACUUACGUACGCUGGGUUUGCAUCCUGGCUUUCAAGUCAUGAAGAUGAGUUGGAAGGAAUAUACAGACUUUCUCAACAGUAUCCCCACAUAACGAUGUUGGGAGAUAGAGGGGACCAACUUUUGUUAAAUACUUUGACGCGUAAUAAGGAUAGAGCUUUCUAUCUUCAACAUGCUCUCCAUAGUAUUUUUGACGCAACUAGCAAUCGUGAAUCCGUCAAACCAGAUCUUCUGCAAGCUGUUUUGCGCGUAAUGAGGCUACAUUUACGCAGAAUGGAAAUGAUAUUGGCAGGAACUGCUGUCAUUUACAACUUAACUCGGAGUGAACAAAGCAAUCAGUUACCUAUAGAUCUACUAAAUCGUGCAGUACGUAUGACUUUAACGGCAAUGGAAAAGUUCCCAGACAAUAGACAGUUGCAAAAGAAUUGCUUUUUAACAUUAUGCAGUGACACUGUACUUUAUCGUGCUACCUUCAAUUGUAUACAAUGUUGUGAACUGGUUUUUAACAACUUGCUGUCGUUUGAUGAUAUUCAUAUGAAGCGUAUGGGUGUAGCAAUUAUUUCUAUACUAGCUGCAGAAAUUUCAACAUCUGGUCUAUCAGACUUGGCAAAAGACCCUAGAAGAAUUGAAUGUUUUCUGAGUUAUGUUGCUGACAAAUGCCUCUUAGUGUCAGAUGUCCCAGAUCUUGGUUCAGCCUUACGAAGUUAUAUGCCACAGUUACGCCUACGCACUGUAGGAGCACCAAUCUUUGAUACUACAUUAAGAUUCACUUUAUCCGCUUUAUGGAAUCUCACUGAUGAAUGUCCAGAAGCUUGCUUAAGAUUUGUUCGUCAGGGUGGUCUAAUCAUAUAUGAAAAGGUCCUUAAACGAUUUGCUGACCAAAGUGAAGAGACUAAAAAUCAUGUCUAUACCAAGUGUCUGGGUCUACUUAAUAAUGUAGCAGAAGUCGAGCAAACACGUGAAUCGUUAUUGAAAGAAAGUCUAAUGAACUUCUUUUUCAAAAUGCUUAGACAUCCUUGUAUCCAGAUAAGUUAUUUUGCUGCUGGUAUUAUUGCGCAUCUGUCAUGUUUAAAAGAUGAGAUAUGGUUGCGUAAUAUUCAGUCAAGUCGUGAAAGUUAUGUGAAAUUAUUGGGUCAAGCUGUUUGUAAUUGGCAACCACCACAUUCUGAGAUGGUCGCUUAUCGCUCUUUUGAACCGUUUGGUCUGUUAGUUUUGCAUCCGGAAAGUCGUUUAGAGAUACAUUUGUGGGCUGUUUGGGCUAUACAUCAUAUAUUAACCAGAAAAGAAACGCGUUAUGUACCGGUUUUAUGUGAAUGUCAACCACUGCUAUCAUUUCUAAGAUUAGUUGUUUCUUUUGAUGAAGGAGUUUUAUGCGCUCAUAAUUUACAACGACAAUUAUCUGAUCAAGAGCCGCGUAGUAUAAAUACUGAUUUCCAUGACAAUGAUAAUGUCCAGAAUAAUAACAAUUAUUGUGUGAAAAACAGUGAUCCGAUGAAGUAUUUAACUACUCCAUCUAAUGUUAUUCGUCCUCAACCUCCAAGUGUAUAUUCUCCUUCAACAGAUUCUGAUAUUUUCUCAGAAGUACCUGCUUUAUGUGAAGCAGCUGCCGGUGAUUGUUUCAUGUCAGAAAGUCAACAGACGCAAUCUUCAAGACAGUCGUCAACAGUUACACAUGUUGAACCUGUAGGACAAAGUGCAGAAGGUGUUGCAGCGUUUGUAGGACCUGAUGAAUCUCAACUUGCUUGUGCUAGACUUAUCCGUAAAAUGGCUUCAGAAAUACUUGCGUCUGUUGAUCGAACUUUACCAACAUUACAGUCUACUUCUAUUCAUAAUUAUAACAAUAACAGACAUUGUGAUCUGCCUGCAUCUCAUUGUUAG